UGAUUGGAUUUCCAGAGCUCAUCACGUGAACUGACAGUGAUUUUGUGCAGUAGCUGUUGCUGCUCACGCACCAAUGCUGAUACCAGCCUACUCCCCCUGAAUUUAUACCGCCCCCUUCGCUAACAUCUUGUAUGCAUAGGACCGUCACCGAGAACGGGAAGAAGGCGCAUCCGCAUCCGUAGGAAUAUACUGCUUUCGUUCACAGGUAGUCUGUCUCCACAUCCACACUGAAAAACAACAUGGAUGAAAUGGAAGAGGAGUUAAAAUGCCCGGUGUGUGGGUCGUUUUUCCGCGAGCCCAUCAUCCUACCCUGCUCGCAUAAUAUCUGCCUGGCCUGCGCUCGGAACAUCCUAGUGCAAACGCCCGAUGCCGAGUCCCCACAGAGCAGCCGCGCGUCCGGCUCCGGGGUUUCCGAAUAUGAUUACUUAGACCUGGAUAAGAUGAGUUUGUACAGCGAGACGGACAGCGGCUACGGCUCUUACGGCGGGUUCGUGAGCGCACCAACCACUCCGUGCCAAAAGUCCCCCAACGGCGUGCGCGUUUUUCCUCCUUCCAUGCCUCCGCCUCCCCAAGCGCAACACCACCUGCUGCCCCACACCGGCGUCCUCCCGCCGGUUCCGCGCAACUCCUGCCUCACCUGCCCGCAAUGCCACCGCAGCCUGACGCUGGACGACCGAGGACUCCGAGGCUUCCCCAAGAACCGUGUGCUGGAGGGGGUGGUGGACCGGUAUCAGCAAAGCAAAGCGGCCGCGCUCAAGUGUCAGCUGUGCGAGAAGAACCCCCGCGAGGCGACUGUCAUGUGCGAGCAGUGCGAUGUGUUCUACUGCGAUCCGUGCCGUCUUCGGUGUCACCCGCCCCGGGGUCCGCUAGCCAAGCAUCGGCUUGUUCCGCCGGCGCAGGGAAGGAUCAGCCGCCGCGCGAGCCCCCGGAAAAUUUCCACCUGCACCGAGCACGAGCUGGAGAAUCUGAGUAUGUACUGCGUACAGUGUAAGACCCCCGUGUGCUACCAGUGUCUGGAGGAUGGAAAGCACUCUACUCAUGAGGUCAAAGCGCUGGGGGCCAUGUGGAAGCUCCAUAAGGGUCAACUUUCUCAAGUAUUAAAUGUUCUGUCAGAUCGAGCCACAGAGGCCAAAGAGUUCCUGGUGCAACUCAGAAACAUGGUACAACAUAUACAGGAGAAUGGAGUUGAAUUUGAAGCGUGUUUGGUUGCCCAAUGUGACGCCCUGAUCGAAGCUCUUAACCGCAGGAAAGCCCAACUUCUCAGCAGAGUAACCAAAGAACAUGAGCACAAACUCUCAGUAGUUCGUGACCAGAUUUCCCACUGCACGGUGAAGUUGAGACAGACCACCGGACUGAUGGAAUACUGUCUGGAGGUCAUCAAGGAAAAUGACCCGAGCGGCUUCUUGCAGAUCUCAGAUGCUCUGAUAAGAAGGGUCCAUAUGACAGAGAAUCAGUGGGGGAAAGGUUCUCUGACCCCUCGCAUGAGCAGUGACUUUGACCUGACUCUGGACAGCGGUCCUCUUCUUCAAACCAUACAUCAGUUAGACUUCGUGCAGAUGAAGGUUCCUGCUGCUCCUAUUCUUCAGCUAGAAGAGUGCUGCACUCAAUCCAACAGUGCGACAUUGUCGUGGAAGCAGCCCCCCCUCUCCACCAUCGCUGUGGAUGGGUACAUUUUAGAGCUGGAUGAUGGGAAUGGAGGCCAGUUCAGAGAAGUAUACGUUGGCACGGAGACAAUCUGCACAGUGGAUGGUCUGCACUUCAACAGCAAUUAUAGGUCUCGUGUUAAAGCUUUUAACUCCAGUGGAGUUGGUCAGUACAGCAAAAUCCUGGUCAUGCAGACAUCAGAGAUGAGACUAUCUUCAUAUUGUAGUAAAACUGUGGCUGCAGUUGCUUGGUUCACCUUUGACUCUGCAUCCGCCCACCCUGACAUCAUCUUGUCCAAUGAUAACCUCACGGUGACAUGCAACAGUUACGAUGACCGUGUAAUCAUGGGCAACACAGGGUUCUCCCGUGGCGUGCACUACUGGGAGAUGACCAUUGAUCGCUACGACAACCAUCCUGACCCUGCAUUUGGAAUUGCCCGGUCUGAUGUCAUGAAGGAUGUGAUGCUGGGGAAGGAUGAUAAAGCAUGGGCCAUGUACGUGGACAACAACCGCUCCUGGUUCAUGCAUAACAACUCGCACACCAAUCGUACGGAUGGAGGAUUAGGUAAAGGAGCGACUGUGGGUGUGCUGCUGGAUUUCUCUCGUGGGAUUUUGUUGUUUUUGAUCAAUGAUGAGCAACAGGGACCUGUUGCCUUCAACACACUUGAAGGCACGUACUACCCAGCCAUAAGCCUCAACCGCAACGUUCAGGUUACUCUUCAUUCUGGGCUGCCUAUUCCAGAUUUUUAUACACCUGGAGAGUCUGAACCUGCAGGGUCAGUUUGCUGAAGCGACACAAAGCCGAUACACAAUAAUAUACGAACACACACGCACACAGACGGGCGCGCACAGCUUCACAUGUAAGUGCUUAGUGGGGGAAUGCUGCUGACAGUCAUUAACAGGUCUGAGAAUUGUAAAAUGUUAUUGGACCUGAUAUAUUAACUCUGACCCUGAUGUAUGUGAGAAAUUAAUAUUGAAAAUUUAAUCAUUUUCUCUUUCGUACUCUUUUUCUAAAUAUUAUUAUUAUUUAUUGAUGUCGUUGUUGUUUUUAUGGAAAAGGUGCUCAUGGAUGUGAACUCCCAGCUUAUAGGAUUUUAACAGAUGUUUGUCUGUUUUUUUCAUGAUAAAAGCCUCUGUGUGAAGUUAAGCUUAGAAACAAGUUACUGGUGUGCUAGACCUUAAAGGAUGCAUUUUUACGUUACAUAGAAUUGUGCAAGGUGUUCUAACGGUGUCUUGAACAGGUGGAAGUGGGGACAGAAACUAUAUUAAUACCCCACAAUGUCAUAGUACAAAUUACAUUUAUGGCUAUUUUUGUCUCCAAACUUGAAUCCCGGUUCAAACCUACAACACAAAUCCUGUCUUCAGCCCUUAUCAGUCUCUUAUAUCUAAACCCAAACACCUUUCAGUUUAAGAUUCAAUUUCAAGGUACUUUAUUGGCAUGAUUGCGUGUUCUUACAAUAUUGCCAAAGCAUUGAACAUAUAACAAAAGACAUACAUUAAGUACAAACAUGAGAUUAAAAUUAAACUAAGGUGCUGAGUAAGGCAUAAAUAUAGAAUGAAAUAUAAAAUAGAGUAUAUGUAAGUAAACAAAUGAAAUAUGGAAAUAAAAUCUCAAUAUCAAAAGUAGAUUUCAGGCAGAAGAUCUCUAAUCCUCUCUGAAUUCUACAGUGGAGGAACAACACAAAAACAAAAGAGAAUGCCAGCAUGAGCUGAAUGUGUCAAUGGGGAGGUAAUAGCUCUCUGUUUGUUUAACAGAACACAAGACACUAAUUAGGACACACACACACAGGCAUUUCCUCAGCCUUGCAUAACGUAUUACGCAGAGAUGAGAAUGAAUGAACUUUUGUUGCUCACUCUGUAUUAUAUAUUUCAUUUGCUGCCUCAAAGCUAAAUGCAAAUGCUAAACAAAGAAGUGGUGCUGCUUACUUUCAGUGUGAGAAAAUAUUGCAAUAUAAAACAGUAUAGCUGUAAAUCCAAAAGAAUGAGAACGUUAAGCAAGACAGCAUACAGUAGCUGCUUGAAACAUUGGCUAAUAGUUUACAUAGAGGAUGUACUUUUGCAUCAACAGAUAUUUAAAAAAAUUCCGCUGGUGGGGUUAAAAUAUGGGGCAGGUGCUGUACUUUUGAUGUGUGUUGGGCAGUUAGUUGAUGCUCAACACACAUCUGAAUGUUUGGGUGCAGGGAGGAUACAUUUCACCCAUUGUAAAUUAAUUGUAUUUUUUAUAAAUUAAUCCCGAUAUAAGAAACGAAAUGUAUUAUUAAUAUUAUCAACGUGUCUGAAUUGUUGUUAUCUGUAAAGUUCUAUAUCAAUAAAAUGGAUUAAGUGAAACAGA